GGAGGGGCCGGUCAGGAUGGCGGCCGGGCAGGGGGGCGGCGGCGGCAACAACGGGAGCGGCGGCGGGAGCGGAGCGGCGGGGCUGGGCAUCCCCGCGCACCUCACCCUCUCCUUCUCGGCCGGGCCGCACUGGGGCGCGGCCGCUCUGCCGCAGCCGCACACGGUGCGCAGCCUGGAGCGGGCCCUGGAGGAGGCGGGCAGCUCGGGCAUCCUCUGCCUCAGCGGGAGGAAGCUGCGCGACUUCCCCGGCAGCGGCUGCGACCUGAGCGACACCACGCAAGCGGAUCUUUCAAAGAACAGAUUUACUGAAAUUCCUCCUGAUGUCUGGCUGUUUGCACCACUGGAAACUUUAAAUUUGUAUCACAACUGCAUCAAAUCCAUUCCAGAAUCUAUUAAAAACCUGCAAAUGCUCACCUACCUUAACAUUAGUCGAAAUCUUUUGUCGACGUUGCCAAAAUACCUGUUUGAUCUUCCACUGAAAGUUCUGGUUGUCAGUAAUAACAAGCUGGUCUCCAUUCCAGAGGAAAUUGGGAAGCUGAGAGAUCUGAUGGAGUUGGAUAUUAGCUGUAAUGAACUUCAGGUCCUUCCCCAGCAAAUAGGAAAAUUGCAGUCACUUAGAGAAUUGAACAUAAGAAGAAACAAUCUCCAUAUGCUGCCAGAUGAACUAGGGGACCUUCCCUUGGUAAAGCUGGAUUUUUCGUGUAAUAAAAUUACAGAAAUUCCAAUUUGUUACAGAAAGUUACGUCACUUACAAGUUAUACUUUUGGAUAACAAUCCAAUGCAGAUACCACCAGCACAGAUAUGUUUAAAGGGUAAAGUACAUAUAUUUAAAUUCCUCAGCAUCCAGGCGUGCCUCAGAAUAGACAAAAAACCAGAUUCUUUGGAUCUUCCAUCAUUAGGUAAACGAGUCCCCUCCCAGCCACUCACAGACAGCAUGGAGGACUUUUAUCCCAAUAAAAAUCAUGGACCAGACUCUGGCAUUGGAAGUGAUAAUGGAGAUAAAAGGUUGUCCACCACAGAACCAUCUGAUGAUGAUACAAUCAGCCUUCACUCCCAGGUAUCAGAAUCAACAAGGGAACAGACAUUAAGGAAUGACAAUCAUGUCAUGGGAAGCAAACUCGAUCCUCAGAAAGACCAGGAGGCCUAUGACUACAUUGAUCCAAAUGCAGAAGAGGGAGCUCUUCCUGAGCAGGGAGAUGCACAGAUUGGCACAUUGCUCUCCUAUGUCAAGGAACGGGGAAAACAUCCUGAGAAAUCCCAGAAAAUAGAACAGAAUGAGGACUGGGGAGAUGAAAAAAGGCUUCAGAAAGAACAGCUGCUGGCUGAAGAUGAUGAUGAACUCAAAGAAGUGACUGACUUGAGAAAAAUAGCAGCCCAGUUACUGCAGCAAGAACAAAAACACAGGCUUCUUAAUCACUCAGUUUCAGUAAACACAAGGAACAGGCCAAAGCAGCCAAUGGAAUCUGAAAAAUGUGUCUCAGCAAAUGAAGUGAAUUCCCCAGUGUCCCCAUACAGCUGGCAGCCACUGGAAAACCAGAAGGAUUCAGUGAAUGAGCAGCAUUGGCCAGAAACACAGCCAGUGAUCUGGCAGAAUGAAGAAAGAAGGAGAAGUAAACAAAUUAGAAAAGAAUAUUUCAAGUAUAAGUCUUCCAGAAAGAGUUCAAGUGGAAAUGAAAAUGAUGAGGAUUAUGAAAGGACAGAUAGUAACACUCAUGGUCCAUUUGGUCUCAAACCAAGGUCAGCUUUCAGCCGUGCCUCACGCCAGGACUAUGGUGCCGUGGAUCCUGGAUUUACAAUGAGGAGGAAAAUGGAACAUUUGAGGGAAGAAAGGGAACAAAUCAGACAGCUUCGCAAUAACCUUGAGUCAAGGUUGAAGGUGAUUUUGCCAGAUGACAUUGGAGCAGCGUUGAUGGAUGGGGUGGUUCUUUGCCAUUUAGCCAAUCACAUAAGGCCACGAUCUGUUGCCAGCAUUCACGUCCCAUCGCCAGCAGUGCCUAAACUCAGUAUGGCAAAGUGCCGAAGAAAUGUUGAAAACUUUCUCGAUGCUUGUAAAAAACUGGGCGUUCCACAGGAGAGACUUUGCCUGCCUCAUCACAUUCUGGAGGAAAGGGGUCUGGUGAAGGUUGGCCUCACAGUUCAAGCUCUGCUUGAAUUGCCGGCAUUGAAAGUAUCUCAGCUCUCCUCUGUGUGACGUGACUUCUUGGAAGCUCGACAACUUCCCAUUUGCUCUGUUGCUAUGGAUUGCUCUGAGGCAGUUCAGCCUCCUAUGUGGGAACACCCAAGCCAUCAAAAACUAAUAUCUGUCCAGAUGCUGUAGAGAGCCUUACUCUGGAGCUGUAUGUGAAAACCUUGGAGUCAGUUCGCAGUUGAAAGACCAUAAUUAAUCUUUUUUUUCUUUCAUAAUUGGAUGUACAAAGAGGUUGUGGUAGCAUCAGGUUCUCUUUCUAGUUAAGUUAAAAGCUGCCAUUUGACAUCUCAGUGUUACAGUUAAAUGCUGGAUUCCUGUUUUUACAUCGCAAAUGUUUGAAUUAUUUGAGAAGUACAAAGCACACCCCCCCCGUCACUUUAAUCUCUUGAGUCAAUCAUUUGAUUUAAAGGUAAGACAACAAUGUAGCGAUGGUGUGAUGGUAAAAAUGAGCAACUGAUCACUUGUAAUCCCCUUUCACUCUCUGAAAGCUUAAUAUUUGCGUUCUUUAUUUUUUGCACUCCUGAUUGUAACUUACGCACUUCUGACAUUGCCAGUAUUGAGUCUGAGUGGCUGGUGAUUACACAAAGCAGUAUACAAUGGGAAAAGGACACGUUUUAUUGAGUUUUUCCAGUCUUCUAGGUUGGUGCCAAAUAUUUUUUUUUUUCAGUUGUACUGUAGAUUGUUUACAUGUGAAGUGCCUGUGUAAUUGAUAAUUCUUAAUAGUCUUAAACAUUUUUGAAAUUUCCUUGUUUAAAAUAGACAAAAUGGAAAUUUUUUAAUAUUUUAAUAGUUUUUUUGUAAAAUCAGUAUGUGAAGAUUUAAGUAAUACUUCACAUUUUUGAUGUUGGGUGUUUUAAGUUUGUUGCACAAUUUACUUGGUUAUUUGUUGUCUAAUAAUUAGAAAAUACUGUAAAUACUUUUUAUUUAUGAUAUUUAAUUUGAUAAUACCUAAUUACUUUUGGUUUAAUGUAUUGUUGGAC